CGGGCCGGCAGAGGGCGCGCCGCGCAGCCGCGACAAUCCGGAAAGAGCCGAGGAGCGGCGGUAGGCGGCCAAGCCGGAGCGGACGGCUUGGGCUGAGCGGGCGCGAUGGCGCAGCAGGUCGAGCAGCUGCGGGCGGACGGCGUGGACAAGGAGGUGCUGCGGGAGGGCACCGGGCCGCUGCCGGACUUCCGCGACGGCACCAAGGCCACCUUCCACUACCGGACGCUGCGGUGCGGCGAUGAGGAGACGCCGGUGGACGACAGCAGGGCGCGGGGGAAGCCCAUGGAGCUGAUCGCCGGGAAAAAGUUCAAGCUGCCGGUGUGGGAAGCGGCGCUGCGAACCAUGCGGCCCGGCGAGCGCGCGCGCUUCCGCUGCGACGCCAAGCACGUAGUGCUCUACCCGCUGGUGUCCAAGAGCCUGCGGAACAUCGCAGCAGGGAAGGACCCGCUGGAGGGGCAGCGGCACUGCUGCAACCUUGCCCAGAUGCACGAGCACUACUCCCUGGGGUACCCCGACCUCGACGAGCUCCAGAAGAACCCCCAGCCCCUCAUUUUCGACAUCGAGGUGCUCAAGGUGGAGCCACCCGGCUCCUACCAGCAGGACCCAUGGGCCAUGACAGAUGAGGAGAAGCUCCAAGCUGUGCCCCAGAUCCACAAGGAAGGCAACGAGCUGUACCGGCAGGGCAAGGUGCCUGAGGCAGCUUCCAAAUACUACGAUGCCAUUGCCUGUCUCAAGAACCUGCAGAUGAAGGAGCAGCCAGGCUCUCCAGACUGGAUUGAGCUCGAUCAGAAGAUCACACCCCUGCUCUUAAACUACUGCCAGUGCAAGCUGCAGUGCGAGGAGUACUAUGAGGUGUUGGACCACUGCUCCUCCAUCCUCAACAAAUAUGAAGACAACGUCAAGGCCUAUUUCAAGCGGGGCAAGGCMCACGCGGCUGUGUGGAACGUGGCUGAGGCGCAGGCUGACUUUGCCAAAGUGCUGGCCCUCGAUCCCUCACUGCGCCCCGUGGUCUCCAAGGAGCUGCGGAGCCUGGAAGCACGGCUGCGGGAGAAGGAUGCCGAGGACAAGAUCCGCUUCAAGGGCAUCUUCUCCCAGUAGAGCCCACGGCCGCAGGGGAGAGCCCAGCGCGCUUGGGACAGGUUUAGAUAUUCCACAUGUGGAAUGAUCAUGGAUGUUUAUUAAUGUUUAAUACAGAUUUUACUUAUCUGAAGUCAGUGGAAACGGCCCAGGAGCUCGCCACAGCCAGGGAYACGGCCGGGCACGUACGUGGCAGCRUAAAGCAUCGCAGCACAYGGCUGAAGCUCUUUGCUGGGCUCUAGACUCUGCUCAUUGUCACACCAGGGCUGCAUGGGUGACACGAGCCAGCUGCUCCCUGCCAACUUUUAUCACUUAUUKGAUGUUUUUAUACUUUAUGAUGGCAAUGGGGGUCUGUAGUGCUGAGCCUCCUUCCAGCUCCAACCCCUUCGAUGCCUGUUCUCCACGCCACGCCAUUGUCACUUCUCCAGGCUGCUGCUAUCAUCCCAAACCAGUGUUUCCUCUUGUCAUGUCAUGUCGGGAAUAUUUUAUAAUGAAUAACAGCUUGUUCCUGCUCUGCUAUCUCUAUAAACCUCUGGUUGUGCUAUGCCAAGAUAAACUCAAGUAAAACCAGUCCCAGCCCCUGSUCACUACAAAAAUUUG